UGACAGUGCAGGGCAUCCUGAGCUUCUUCCUGGAAAGUCUGGCUGUGUGGCUGCCCACGAGGCCUCUGAGCCACCCUUGGGUGCUGCAUGGACAGUGCCCUGCACCUCCUGCCUCUCCCUGGGCAGCACUUCCCUUUGGCUCAGGCAGGCAAGGGGGUGGUUUUGCUCUAAGUCUUCCUCUGUAGCCCAAUUGCUUCCCAUGUUAUUCACCGAGUCAAGAAAGGGGUGUCUUUUUGGGUGGGAUAUUGUGGUGGAAAAAGCUGGCAGGUCUGUUGCUUCAGAGGUAGGAAAGAGUCCUGGAAGUCUCUGAUAUGCUUCACUAGGAAACAGCAUUUUCUGGCCCUCCUGGAUUUCCUGAGCAGGGUGCCUCACGUUAGCACAGCUGGAGAUGCUACUUUUAUAAUUUUCUUAUGGAAAAGUGCAGUUCUUGGUGGCUCCAAAGAAAGACCACUUGUGGGCAGUGGGAUGUGAGGGGAUAGGAACCCCGCUGACUUCAGUGUGGGGCAAUCCAAAUCUCCUCUGCCCACGGGUUUGGGCAUCUCCAAGUGCAGCCUGAGGUCAGUGUGCCCAGAAGGGCUGAGCUGGCUUGUGCUCUCCCAGAUGAACCCGUGGUAAUGAAGGAUGGUGGUGGGGGGACAUGGAGACUUCAGGAGAUGUCCCAUGGGGGCUGUGGGGCUCAUCUCUGUGGCACAUUCUGCUCCUUCCUCAUCUGUCUCCUAAGCAGGAAUCUCUAGGCCUUUGUUGUCAGUAGAAGGAAGGAUUUAUGAGGUUUGGUGUGUUGGUAUGGUUGAGGGUACCUAGGGUUUGGCUUUCCAUGUGCUUCCCCACCACAAAAAUAACCCCACAAAAAAGCAGUGAGACUGGAAGUGCCCACAGAAACCCUUGUGCCAGGGCACCGUUGUUGGUCUAAAACAACCUCUCCCCCUGCAGCAGCACGGUCCCCGUGAGCCAAGCCCUGAUACCCAUCUCUGAAAUGUUGGUGGUAGACUGAGAUCCUGACAGCAGGGUGAUGCCAGAAGGAGCCCGGCAUGCCGUACCUGGACCGACAGAACCGUAUCUGCGGCUUCCUGGACAUCGAAGAAAAUGAGACCUGUGGCAAGUUUCUGCGGAGGUAUUUCAUCCUGGACACGCAGGCCAACCACCUCCUGUGGUACAUGGACAAUCCUCAGAACCUGGCCAUCGGAGCAGGUGCUGUCGGAUCUCUGCAGCUGACCUAUAUCUCCAAGGUUAGCAUUGCCACCCCGAAACAGAAGCCAAAAACUCCGUUCUGCUUUGUUAUCAACGCCCUCUCCCAGCGCUAUUUCUUGCAAGCCAGUGACCAAAAGGACCUGCAGGACUGGGUGGAGGCACUGAACAAGGCCAGUAAGAUCACGGUGCCAAAGGGUGGCAGCGUCCCACCAGCCACAGAAAUCACCAAGCCUCCAGUGGUGCCCCAGGCCCAGGAGAGGAAGCCCCAGGUGGCCUACAAAACCGAGAUUGUUGGGGGGGUAGUGGUCCACACGCCCAUCUCCAUCAACCAGGACGGGGAGGGCAGCGAGGCGGGUGCCCACCCUCUGCUGCGGCGCUCGCAGAGCUACAUCCCCCCCUCGGCCACCAAGCCGCCCGCCGGGCCAGCUCCCCUCAAGAGCGGCUUCUGCGUCAAGCAGGGCAACGUGAGGAAGAGCUGGAAGCGGCGGUACUUUGUUCUGGAUGAGUUUUCCAUCAGUUACUACAAGUGUGAGCAGGACAAGGAGCCUUUGCGUUCGAUUCUCUUGAAAGAUGUUUGCAAGACCCACGAGUGCCUGGUCAAGUCUGGUGACCUCCUGAUGCGAGACAACCUCUUUGAAGUCAUAACAAGCUCCAGGACCUUCUACAUCCAGGCAGACAGCCCCGAGGAGAUGCACAGCUGGAUCCGCGCAAUCACAGGGGCGGUGCAGGCCCUGAAAACCCGUCCCAGGGAGAUGUCCUUUAUGAGAGCCACCUCCGUGGCCAGGCCGGGCGGCUCCUCAGGCCCCUCGCAGCCGCGGCCGUCGGCGGAGGAGCGGCGAGCCUCGUGCAAGGCGCCCUCCACGAGCUCCUGGCAGCCCUGGACGCCGGUGCCGCAGGCCGAGGGGCAGCGGCCGGCGCUGGGGGGGCUGCCAGCCCCGCUCAGGGACUCGGUGUUCGUGCCGGCGCUCACGGAGCGCCAGGGCAGGGCCGCGGCCGGCACGCGCCUGCGGCACCGCUCCGAGCCGCAGCACCUCAAGGAGAAGCCGUUCGCCUUCGACCUGGAUGAUGAAAGUAUCCGGACCUCCGACGUGUGAGAGAGCACCGAGACACCCCCCCGGCUCCACGCGCCGCCUCCCCGGAUCCCCGUGGGGCGCUUUGGGUCCCUUCCCUCCGGCACAGCCUUCCCUGUGACACAGGACCCACGUCCACACGGCGCACCACCCCACCACAGGGUCCCUGGCUGCUCCUGCCCACGCCUGGCCCCAGUGGUUCCAUGUCUUGGAAGGUGCUUCAGGCACUGCCGGCGCUCACUGUGCAGGGCAGGAGAUGCUGGGGACCUGCAGAGGGGACAUCUUCUGCAAUUGCGUUGUUUCCCCCACAAACCAGGUCUGGAGGAAGUGGCAGGUCUUGAAGGCGUGAGGGGGAGUGUGGCCUUUCUUGUGUUUGUGAAAUGUUUCUCUCCCCUUUGCUGCUGCUCAGAUUCCCCAGGGCAGAGCUGGGAGCCACCAGCCUGCAGCUGCCCACACAGGGGACUCACUGCAGCUUCCCCUUACGGUGACUUAUUCCCUCAGAGAUCUUCCCACUGCCCACACAAGGGUUUAUCAGCAAUCUGCUGGCUUUUAAUUAUGUCUUUUUAUACCUGUGGCUCCUGUUGAACCCCAGCCUGGGCAGGUACUCAGCCCCUCCAAAACGCUUUUGGUACUUCCUGAGCAUGAGCCAGGGCAGGCAGCUGGAGCCACGGUGGCUCUCAGGUGGGAGAACCCUCAGGUGUGAGGUUGGUUUUGCACUGCACACACCUGGGCACAGGUAGCCAUGCCAGAUGGUGAAGGGCUUUUAGUGAAAAGCACUGAAACCCAGCCCUGAUGGAGCUGGGCAGACUUGUCCGGCCAACUCACCCACUGCCUGCCCGAGAUGGAAACCAGCAGGAGUUUCUAGAGCAAUGUGAAUCGUCAUUUCCAUAACCUAAUGAGCUCCUGUAGGUGUGAUAAGUAGUGUGUAGAAAAUCCAGGUGUUCCCUUGGCAGAGAUUGCCUGAUACCUUCACCUUGUAAGUGUGUGCAAUCCCCACAAGUGUGUGCAAUCCCCACAAGUGUGUGCAAUCCCCACAAGUGUGUGCAAUCCCUGCGUGCAGAGCGAGACCUCAGCUCCCCUUUCCCUUCCCUGGCUGUGACACGUCCUCUGCUCUGCAAGCUCAGCCCAGUGUGUUCCCCGGGAGCAGAACAUCUGCUUUGUCCCAGCCCUUUUGGGGCCUCCAGCUGUUUGGCAGCUGUGCCUGAGCCUUGACUAGCCUGACUGACCUUAGUGUGAUGCCAGUUGUACUUUCCUGCCUCAGUGCCUGUGGGGCUGCUGCAGGAUGGGCACAGCACAGGCACCUCUGUGCUGCUGGGGGAGGCACGAAUGGGCUCCCUCAAGUUCCAGGGGGAAGAGGGUCUCAAAGGGGAUUGUGUGGAGGUGUUGGAGGACACAGAGACCAUGAAAAUGAGUGGGAAUCGAUGCAAACGGUACAGGGUGAGUGUUAAUAUUAUUUAAUUGUAGCUACCUUGAUCCUGCUGUUCCUUUUUCUGCUCCUUUUUGCUUUAUUUGCACUAGAGUUUGAAACUUUCAUUUUUUUAGGCUGACUUGCUGUUUGGCUCCUAACACUGUUUUAGUAGUUUGGCAAGCCCACCCAUCAGAGAGUUGCAGUGUUCUGAUCUCAGUUUUUGGAGAGCAGGGAAUGCAGAGGGAUGAUGGUUCCUUUGUGCAAGGCCUUGGAACCACAGACUCCUGAGCAUUCCUGGUGCUUGAUAAUUGCACAGUUUCCUCAGGCCUGGGAAGGUAAAGCAGAGGCUUGUUGCACAAUUAAGGUAAUUAUCCAGGAGCAGAAACUACCAGUGGCUCCAGCACUAUUGCAACAUUCCUCUUGCUCGUUCCCACCCUCCUGCAUCCCCAGGACAGCACAGAGGCUGAAGGUGAGGUUCAGACAAGCGUGGAGCUCAGCUGGGCUCCAGAGCCGUCCACAACACAGGUGGUGUUGGGAGGGAGGGAUUUCCCUGCCGUUCCAGGGGGCUGGGUGGAUGCAGCCAGACCUGGAUGGAGCUUUGUGGUUGUUUCAAAUCAAACUGGUUUCCCUCAGCUCUGUGUUGGCUCCCGGCUCAGGCGUGGAUGGACGCACCCCCCAGAGCUGCUCCCUCCUGAAUCGUGUGCUGUGGGUGCUGCACAUUUGGGGGCAGAGUGCUGGGAGAGAGGGGUUUGCUAUUCCCAGGUGGUUCCAGAUGUUUCUGGAAGUGCUGCCUGGGGAUUCCAAGUGCUCUUAGGGCUGGGGCCCUCUGUGACUCCCGGGGUGGGGGCUACGUGCCUCCCACCCCUCGCCUGUACAUGCUGCAAUGCCCUUUGUCCCCCGUGUUUUUAAAUAAAGAAGGAAAUGCCAGUUACUUUC